UCAACCUUUUAACCGGAUCACAUUCAUUUUCAGCCACAUAUUGUUAUAAAUAGUUUGAAUCUCCUUACGCGUUUUUCACUGCUUUCGCCUAACAUUCGUUUCUUUAACUAAAAAAUGCCAUUAAUUUCUUUACUUAAAGAAAAGUUUGCAACUGCACCGAUACAAGAUCGAGAAUCUGUCGUUUCGAAUUUGGCAUCUGCUAAUACAGAAGAUGCGAAGUACUACAAGGGUCUCAUUAUACUUCAAAAAUUAUAUGAUGAAGUCAUGAUACAAGAAGAACCAUCAAAAGUCAGAGAGGGAACCGACACCGAAAUUGCUCUUUUAAACGAGAUGCAAAGCCAUCUAAACACAAUCACAAUCAGAGAUAAAAGAUUUAGAGAACUUAAUACUCGAUUUCACCUUUUAAUUUAUCCUUUUGAGGCUACCAAGACAAUUGAAUUUAUUAAAAAUGGGCUGCGCUUGGACUUGGUGACACAGAAGCAGGAGCAACAGCAAGCCAAAAAGGAAGAUUUACCGGUGAAGGCCACCAAAUCUGUUCUUGACAACAACUUAAUUGAUGGCAAAAAUUUAUUAAGAGAAAGCAUUGAAAACUUCAAAUGUAAUGGUGAUAUCGAUAUUGACGUAUUAGCUUUUCCGGUUAUUAAGGAUAUCAUGGCGGAGCAAGAUCCAAUGGCUGCUGAUACAGAAAUUGCCCUUUUAAAGAAUUUGUUUAUGCACCCGACAGAGGAUAUUUUUGGAAAUGAUAUUCUAGACAGAUUGGUCCGACUUUGGAAGCUGCAAAACACCGAGAAUUAUCAAAAAGCUAAUGAAUGGGAAUUGGAAAACUUACCAUUUAACAACUUUACCUUGUCUCAGUUAAAUUUUCUGAUCGAAUGCGCAUCAGAUAUUGUUCUCUUGGUACCAAAUUUCGUACAGGCAUAUAUUGAAAAGUUGAUACCUGUACAAUAUUACAGUAAAUACUCUUGCGGAGAAUCCAUUACAUAUUGGGAUGACGAUGAAAAUAUUUUGCACCAAUAUUUAUGCCACCUGGAAGAAUUCAGUCAAAAGCUAUCUGAUAUUUAUUUUUAUUUUAAAACUGCCGUUAAGUUUUACCUACUGCGUGUUGAUAUUAUAAGAAAUGAUUUUAAAGAAACCAGCUUAAUCCAAUUUCUGACAGGAGCAUCUACCAAAGCUAUUGUAGCAUCACCCAUUCCUUCAAGACUUCAGAAUUCCUUUAUUUCCAACAAGACAUAUGGAGAUUCUAGUAGCAAUAACGAGGCCCCCAAUGUUCAACUUGAUAUCCCUCUUUUAUCGUAUCAUGAUAUCACCGAAGAAGACAAACUCUUGGUCAUUAAAGAGUAUCUCAUGGGAUUGAUCACCCAAGAAAAGCUUACGGUGUCAAUCGAGUCUCUUGGAGCCUAUAUGGAUUAUCACAACGUUUUAAAGCCACUUUAUUUGGAGCUUAUGUUAAAACUUUCCCCCAAAACACAAGAUUCCUGGAGUAUUGCUUUGGGUGCCGAAAAAUAUGAAAAUUUGGUGACCGAGUCAUUUGUCAGUUUUGCGCCUUCAACAUUAAAUGCAUCGAUUAAAAGAAAGCCUGAAGAUACUAUCAAUCUUGUUGUCAGAACAAAAAAUGUGCAGCACAUCUCGAUACGUGUAUUUCAAAUUAACAUGGAAAACUAUUCUCGUCUACACAUGGAUGGUACAGAAAAGACGAUUGCUGAUAAAAAUAACAACAUUGACUUAGAUGGUCUAUGCCCUACUUGGGAAAAGGAUAUAUAUCUUAAUUCAGGGCCAGCUAUUAGAGUGAAGACAAGCAAUUUCGUAUUCGGUGAGGAGGGUUUUGGUCCCAACGUUUUCAAGGGUCGUGGUCUCUGGGUCAUUGAGUUCGUCGGAAAUAAAAAUCAAUGUAGAGCUAUUAUUCAAAAGGGCUACUUAAGACAUGUAAUCCAGGAGUCUACUGCUGGCCACGUUGUUAAAAUUUUAGAUGAGCGCGGUGGAUCAAUCGUGAACCCUAAAAUUUGGUGUGGUAAUCAAUACUAUCAGGCGGACCAGUUUAAUAAUAUCGUAAUUCCGUAUCUGGCAUCUGAAGAUGACAUAAAGGCGAAAAAAAUACUUUUGAUAUCAGAAUCGGAUGAAUUCUGCGAGCCUGUUAGUUUUUAUCAUUUAGCAGAAAAGUAUCAACUAAAUGCUGAUUUCUAUGUUAAUCCAGAAAUGAUCUCAUUUAACAAGAAAGCCACUGUUGUUGUUAAUCCAAGAUUGACAGUAAAUGGUGUCUCAGCUCCACUCUCAUUAUUGGAAGAUACGUCUUUAUGUGUUGAGUGCACCAAUGUAGAUGGUGUAAAAAACAGCACCUCUUAUCAAAUGUUUAACCAAACAAGUGAUUCAAUUUACUUUACUUUUAUGGUUCCCGAACGAUUAACAACACUUAAUUUUAUCUUGAGUACGAAGAUUAAAUCGUUAAACAAUCAAGCACAAUCAAUGAAUGUCCAACACAAUAUUACUUAUAGCACGCCUUUAAACAAAAGCGGAGUACCUGCAAGCGUUCAUUUAAAGAAAGAAAUUGACGACAACUAUUUUAUCUAUGCCUUUGGAACUAAUGGCGAACCUAAGAACGACUAUGAAAUCUCCAUCAAAUUAAAGCAUGCAUUUAUACAAUACCGACAAGUCGAAGUUACUCUGAAAUCUAAUGCAGAAGGAUACGUUAACUUAGGAAAAUUAGCAAACAUUCAAUGGAUCGAGUAUUCUAACACUCAAGGAGCCUAUAAGCAAUGGACUAUAAAUAAUGACAAACAAGGUCUUUUACCUCCGGCGAUUUGUGUAUCAGCAGAUACACCCUUCAAUGUUGCUUUCCUUACCGCUUCAACUUCUGACUCGCUUUACUCCUUGUAUAAAAUUGGUGUUAGAGAAACGUUGGUUGAGAACAUGUCAGCUUUUAUUAAAAGAAACGACAAUCACAUUUCAAUCUCUAAAUUACCCGAAGGUGAAUAUAUGCUUUAUCUUGGUUCAAAUGUGGAAGGCCGGAAGCAAAUCAAAUGCUCUGUAAUUUUCAGCCAAAUUGAUUUCAACGCCAACAAUACUGCUUCGAACGAAAACAACAUCAAUGAUUAUGUUUGGCGCAAUUGGAUUAUCGGUAAAAAUACCUAUGCCAAACAAAACGGUAUCGUGUUACAAAAAGCUUUGAAAAUAUCAGAUAUACAUGCAGAUGAUGACAACAAGACCGUUAUAAUCCAGUUGCAAAAUUGGUCAUCAAAAGCAUUUGUUGUGGUGACCACUAGCACUUUUGUUCCUACUAGCUCAGAAUGCUUAACAGUUCUUAUGAACAACCGCUCUUUAGAAAGACCAUUUGUUCACGAUAACAACGUUACUUCUAGAUCAUUAUUUCUGAAUGAUAAGCAACUUGGCGAAGAGUAUCAAUAUGUCUUAAAUCGUGCAAGAUCUGAGAAAUGGGCCGGUAGUAAUUUGACUAAACCAAGUUUAUUAAUGCAUCCAAAAAAAAACGCAUCAACAGUAUCUACAUCAAGAAUUCUGGAAUCUGUAAUAACAAAAAGUGAUAAUCUUGCCAAGUUUAGCUUCAGCAAGAGGAAACAAGGUGUUCAUUUUGAUGGCUUACGGUGCGGUGGAAAUCAGACAAUGUUUAAUUCUAAUGAAUCAAGUUUAUCAUUUUUAAAUCACAGUUCGCCUGUGCUUGUUCUCCCCAUACCAAACGAUGGAAAAAUAACUAUCGCUCGUGAUGCUCUUGGUUUUGGCGGUGACUUUUUGCAAGCUAUUGCUAUAUCAGGAGACCAGGUAGUUUCAAGAACUGUAGUUCUUUCCCGUAUGCCCGACUCUCCACUAUUUCAGUACAAUGAUCUUCGUCAAAAGAUAAGCAGCAACAAAGCUCUGAUCCGUUCUAAAGUUGUUAAAACCCUUCAACCGGACGAAAAGCUAUCUAUCAGUACAGACGAAUUUGAGACUAUUGAUAGUUUUGAAAAACUGUGUGACACAAUUAAGAAUAUCUCUUUUGUGAGUGAAUUCAGCAAAGAAUACGAAUUCCUUCAAAGCUGGACUAAAUUUGAUGGAGAGCAAAAACUUAAAUCAUAUGAAGAAAGGGUAUGCCACGAGCUGAAUAUAUGGCUGAAACAUAAAGACCCUAUUUUCUUCAAAGAUUAUGUAAAACCCGCGAUCAAGUGCAAAGUUCAAAAAUCUUUUGUGGAUCUUUAUCUUAUAGACGGGGAUCUCUCGGAAUAUAGUAGUGACAUUUGCAAGUUUGAAGAAUUAAGCGUUGCUGAAAAGGCUAUACUUGCCACAACUCAGUCUACAGAGGUUUUGAAAACUAUUUUAAGAUCGUUUAAAGAAAGCUUUGAUGAAAAAAUGGUGGAUACUCGGUCUGAUACAAUCUUCGACUCAAUUAUUUCUGGUAGUUUACUCAACAUUUCGGCCGAUGCAAUCGAUGAAACUUCAAGUAGUACAUAUUCUGUCAUGCCAAUGUCUUUUGCAUGUGGUUCGUCACCCAUACCACCGUCAUAUUCACCGACAUUAGCAUCAUAUUCACCCUCAUCACCAGCGUAUUCACCCUCAUCACCGGAAUAUUCACUCAAUUCUUUUGGAUCCCCCUCAAAUCUUAGAGCUAGAGGUAAUACAGCUUUGUCUGGCCAGAUGUCUGAACGUGUUUUAUCAGCCGGACAAAAUGAAGGCCCUCUUGAUGAUAAUGACGAAGAGUUCCAAGCAGCUGCCAAAGAAUUACGAGAGAAAGCAAAACAACUUCAAAGCAAAGUUGUUUAUGAAUUUACUGAACAAACAAGUGAAUGGAUUGAAACUGACUAUUACAAUCGGCAAGAUAGUAUUACAAUCAAACAAUUCUGGAUCGACUACCUUGAACACCAUUUACAUUGUAGAGAAGAGCAAGAAAAAUUGUUUUUGACCCAGAAUUUUGUGUAUUGUAUCAGCAAUAUGACUGAAAUAUUCUAUGUUCUAAGUUUAAUGGACCUUCCCUUCCGAUCCGAAGUAAAUUGGACAAAAAAAAAUACAACAAGUAAUGAAGAUAAAAGCAGCAACAACGAAAUUCAGAUUUCUAUUGAGGCAUCGCCCGAUCACGCGUUAAUGGUCUUUUAUCGAACUCUAAUCGAAAGUAAAAUGUCAUUUUCAUCUACAAGUGGAAAUAGCGAUAACAACUUGAUGCUAGGACAAGAAUUAUUCGUAUUCGAUGAAAGCACACCCAUUUAUUCUGAAGAAUGUAUCAAAGUUAAUCCUCUGACAACUUCGCUGAACUCGUUAAUCGAGUAUGGAAGCCAUGUUAUUAUCAGCAACGCUUCAAGUAAGACUUUAACCUGCCAAGUCACAGUUCAAAUACCCACCGGCGCUGUACCUUGCAAAACAACCCCUUAUUGUAAAUCCAAAACAAUCUCUAUCGAUGCUUAUUCAACUUGGCAUGAAGUUACAGGUACUUUUUAUUUCCCAUCUGCAGGAGAAUUCACCAUUGUUCCUGUUACUGUGUCCUCACUAUCCGGAGACAGGCUUCUCGGGAAAAUUGAAGCAAUUGAUGUAACCGUCACAGCAAAAAAUUCCGACAAUGUUGAUAAUCACGACUAUACUAAUCAGCCACAGUCUUUAUCGUCAUGGUCAGUACUUGCCAGCGCUGGAUCAAACGCAAGUGUAGUAUCAUUUCUCGAAGUUUAUAAAAAGUUGGAUCGAAUUGACUUUGGCUUGAUUGAAUGGAGAAUGAAAGAAAAGUCCUUUGCUCGUCAAGUAUUUAAUGUUUUGUCUCAACAGCGUCAUUUCUUUUCUGCGCAGCUUUGGAAGUAUGGUGUAUAUCACCAAUUCGAUGAUAUAAUUCGAGACUUAUUGCACUUCAACAGUAGUAGCUUGUUGAGCAAUGUAGGACAGACUUUUGAAUCUCCCUUAAUAUGCAGAAAACGAGAGGACCAUACUCAAGUUUUUGAUUAUUAUCCACUACUUAAUGCCCGUGCUCAUCCAUUAAACCCCUCCUCACAUGAAAUAUUGAACAAGCAAUUCUACAAGCAGUAUGAUACUUUUCUCACAUAUCUGAGUCAGCAAACAAAUCAGCCCUCUAAUACCGAUCUUAUCAUAUUAACAACUUACUUUAUAUUGCAAGAUCGUAUUGGUGAUGCACAAUCUACAUUUAGCCGUAUUAAAUUUGAUGGUAAUAGCAUAGAUUGUCAGGUUCAAUUUGACUAUAUCAAUGCUUAUUUGAAGACCCGAAUCCCUGUAACUGAUCAAAUGGAGCUCCAGAUUCAAGAUCUUAAUUCAGUGAAGGAAAUUGCCAGCAAGUACAAAACUUUUGGUAGCCUGAAAUGGAGAAAGUUAUUUGCUGAGUUACACGAGUUUGUAUGUGAAGUAGAGCAAGGAGAUUCCGAUAUUGUUGUAGGUUCGUCUCAAAGUACAAGAAGAAUUCAAUCAAAACCUGUACUUGAAUUCGAAAUUGAUCAGCGUCAGCAGGAGCUAGUAUUGCAAUUUGCCAAUUUAAAACGUAUUGAAAUCAAUUAUUACGAAAUGAAUAUUGAGGCCAUGUUCUCUACUAACCCAUUUAUGAAUGAUCGUAUGACAUCUUCGCUGACCAGUGCCAACUUUACCUGGGUCAAGCCCAGCUUAACAUCGCAAGUUGAUUUACCUGAAAAAUCUGCAGCUGCAACCGAAAACAACGAAGAUAAUGAUUAUAAUAUGAUUGGUGUUGGUCAAGUCAACUCUGUCCAAACAUUAAAUGUUCCAAUUCCAGGCGGCAACAAAAAUGUAUUUGUGGAAAUCUCAAGCGUGGGUACACAAAGCGUUAUAAAGAGAUGCCAAGCUUAUUUUUCACACAAACUUUAUGUGCAUAUCGCUGAGUCUUUUGGUAUUGUCCGUGUUUUAAGUGGAGAAACAAAGCGUCCUUUAGCUGGUGUCUAUGUUAAAACGUAUGCAAGAUUGAAACAAAAUCAAAAGGUACACUUCUGGAAAGACGGCUACACUGGACUCAAUGGUGUAUUUGAUUACAUCAGUGUGACAGAAGGCAAUGCUUUAAUGGGAGGAAGCGAGGCAAAUCUUAAGGAUUUAAUGUAUAAUGAAAUCGACAAAUUGAGUAUUUUGAUUAUGAGUGCCGACGAAGGUGCUGUAGUAAAAGAAGUGUACCCCCCAUUGAAUUGAUAUUUCAAAUAAAGUUCCUUUUUUUACGGUCUAUUUAUUUCGUUUAAGUACGAUGCAGGACAUUAACUCCGAGAUUAUAGCCCUCUGAUUGUUUUUAUCACGUUUCAU